AAUACCAUCGAAAAUGCAACUAUUUAAAAUGUCUCUGCCCACAACCCCCCAACCCCCCCAUCUCGCCUCACCAAUUGUACCGCGGCCAACGACAUGAUCAGCUAGCAAGGUAUGAUGGAUGGCGCGGUGUGCAAUGUCUAAGUGUGUACGAAGUGAAAAAGAAAAUGAACGGUAUUAAUUAUCCAGGGCAUCCGCGCGGGAUGCGAAUGUUGGGAAAAUGCCAUGCAGCCAGGAUCCAGAAAUCCAAAUCCGAAUCAGAAUAAAUCCCAUAUCCGGGAUCUGCGAGUUUCACCAGAAUGCCAUCUUUUCCUUUUCGCAUUUUCGCAUUUCCCCCUUUUCCCGCUUCUCGCGUUCCUCCCUCCAUCCAUCCAUCCCUGCUCCUCCCAACACAGCACAGCACUAUAUUACAUCCCGGCCUGCCUCUCAUCUCGCCCCUCGCCUUCACGUGCGACAACGGUCGUACGCCUGUGAGUCUUACAUCUAUGCCAUACCUACCGGCAGUAGGAGUACCGAGCUCGCUCUGCGUACGGCACACAUGAAUACCAUAUACAAUAUACCCAUCUACGUAAGAGGCUGUAGCGCUGCAGCGGACACCGAAUGUAGGGGACCACGUAUCGUGCAACCCACGCGCGCCGCGCUAUCAUACCUACCUACCUACCUACCUAUCUAUCUAUCUAUCUAUCUAUCUAUCUAUCUAUCUAUCUACCUACCUACACCCAACAUAUCAUACCACGGCAGCUCCCUCGCUUCCAGUCCGGCCCAGUCCGGCCAGACAGACCAGGCCCUAAGGCCUUUUUCCUUUCCUUUCCUUUCCUUUCCCCCCCUAGACCGUGGCCGUUACGCGCGCCUGCGUCAAAAACGUAGAGUUGUGUAUUGUAUGUAUGUAUGUAUGUGUUGAUUGAUGUACCUAACCUAACCUAAAGGCAAAAACAAAACAAAACGACAUAAAAGUCUCACCUCUUCCCUACCUACCUGCAUAUGGUACAUACCCAACGUAGGCAGGGACUAGGUUAGAUAGGAUACUUUGUAAAAGAAAAGAAACAUCUCGUAAUGCCGUAGCGGCGAACAUUAUUCUCUAACUAGGGAUUAACUUAAUGCACGGGCGGCGAUGGGAAGCCGGAGCUAGAACCGGCCCCAUAUCCAGGCAUAGGUGAACAGAAUACGUAUGUAAAGAUAAAGUUGAACAAACGAGGCGGGGGGAGGAAGAGAUCC